AUGAUGGCUCGCCCAAGAGCGGAUACCGCAAAUCCACCGUCUAAACGCCGCAAACUCAAUGACAGCGCUCCUGAAGAUCAAACCGAGCGAGAAUCUCCAGGCCGCGAUGAAUCGUCUUCCUCCGACGAACUCGCCGCAACCUCCGACUACGAACUGGAGCGUCGCAGAGCAAGUUGGUCUGCCAAGAAAGCAAUAGCUAACCGUCGACAAUACAAAAAUCGAUCGCACAGUCCAAAUGCCUCGGAUAGUCCUGACGAACUUGCUAUGGAUGCGGAUGAGCCGUGGAAGCGCAAUACGCGGGAAGAGUCACCUACUAGGGACGAGUCGGUGGAGCCAGAGCACCAUUCUAGAGGUCAAGAAGAGUCGGAUAUGAAGGGAGAAGAGUCUGGCGAUUUCACGCCGGCAAAUGACGACACGAAUAAUACAGAAUCUAAUAAUGCACCCUCUCCCGAACGAUUCGAGCAACCGCCGUCUGAACCUGCGCCACCUCCUCCACCACCGAAACCAAAUCGUGUCAAUUAUGUUCAAAAACAUUUAUUAAACGGUCAUCUGCGCGGUGUUUCCGCCGUGAGGUUCUCGCCAGAUCGGACUAUGAUCGCUAGUGGAGGAGCUGACGGCACAUUGAAGGUCUGGGAUACAUUAACCGGUAACCUCAUACACUCAUUUGAAGGCCAUCUUGCGGGAAUCUCAACAGUCGCUUGGAGUCCGGAUAAUGAAACCAUCGCUACGGGUGCAGACGACAAGACAAUUCGAUUAUGGAAUGCUUUGACCGGCAAAGCCCAUCCGAGAGCGUUUAGCGGCCACCAUAAUUACGUAUAUUCGAUUGCCUUCUCGCCUAAAGGGAAUAUACUUGCAAGUGGAUCUUACGACGAGGCUGUUUUCCUAUGGGAUGUCCGGACGGCGAAGGUUAUGCGCUCCUUACCUGCUCACUCGGAUCCCGUUGCUGGGAUCGAUGUAUGCCACGAUGGCACGCUCGUCGUGUCUUGUUCAUCCGACGGAUUGAUUCGAGUCUGGGAUACGAUGACGGGACAAUGCCUGCGCACGCUCGUGCACGAAGAUAAUCCGCCGGUUAUGGCAGUGCGCUUCUCGCCUAACAGUAAAUAUGUCCUCGCCUGGACGCUGGACGACUGUAUUCGACUAUGGGAUUAUGUGCAAGGACGAUGCAUAAAGACAUACCAGGGACAUGUCAAUCGCAAAUACAGUCUGUGCGGGAACUUUGGCACGUAUCAAGCACCAGACGGACCGGCGCAUGCCUUUGCGGUUAGUGGCAGCGAAGACGGGGCUUUGGUAUGCUGGGAUGUGGUCGAAAAAAAUAUUUUGCAACGAAUCGAAGGGCAUACCGAUGUUGUAUUAGGUGUUGAUACGGCCGAACUCAACGGAAAGAGGCUCUUGGCUAGCUGUGGGCUGGAUAAGACGGUUCGUGUUUGGGAAGAGGAGGUCGUUGAAGACGAGUCUGUGGAGGACCAGAAGCCUGAGUCUUCACCAGCAAUAAUACAUGACGGCGUUGAUAAAAUGGAUCUAGCAAUGGAUGAGAUUAUGGCUCCGGCAUCGGAAGAUGUUGCCAUGGACGCUCGGGAUGAGGCUCAAGACACUGGAAGUUGA